AUGUCUGUCUGGGACGCUUUCACGGGCAGGAAGUCCUCGAGGCAGCAACCGGAGGCCUCCACCCAGACCCAAUCUGCUUCCUCUUCGCCCUCAUCUUUUACGCCGACACAUUUCGAUCCCACUACUGCAACAGACGUCUCAUCCUUUCUUGGAAGCGCCUCUUUACCCGAUGCAUCGAAACUUCAUCCUCUGGCCGGCUUGAAUCAACAGACACUCGACUACCUCACACUAGACGAGUCGCAACUCUCAGACCUCCCUGGCUCUAGGUCAAUAUUACCCUCGCGCGGCUGGUCUGAUGACUUGUGCUACGGUACGGGAGUCGUGUACCUCACGGCUUUGACUACAGGAGGCAUAUGGGGUCUAAUAGAAGGACUGAAUCGAACACCGGCAUCCGCACCUCCGAAGCUAAGGUUAAACAGUGUCUUGAACAGCAUCACACGAAGAGGACCUUUUCUGGGUAACUCGGCCGGAGUGGUGGCGAUGGUUUACAAUGGAGUAAACUCAACGAUAGGAUAUUAUCGUGGCAAACAUGAUGCUACCAACAGCAUCGUGGCCGGCGCGUUGAGCGGAGCGAUUUUCAAGAGUACCAGAGGUGUGAAACCAAUGUUGAUCUCGGGUGGUAUCGUGGGCUCCAUUGCGGGAGCGUGGGCUUUGACUCGCAAAAUCAUUUUCGAACCAGGCGAACCCGCGGAAGCGAAAGAACAAAUUAUUGCUCCCACACACGCAAGCAUAUAA